AUGAUUGGGCUUGCACUUCGGCCUAUAUUUUCUCGGCCCAAUAUCGUGGCAUUAAUCCUGCCCGUUUUGUUAGUUACACCUCCUUCUGGAAAGUUCUGGAGCAUAAGCAUUCCAAUCCUCACAGCUAAUCGAAGCAAAUUCAGGGAACAAGUAGCUGAAGAAGAAACAAAGAAGAUGUCUAUAGUUUUGAACUGUGCUGCUUCUGUAUCACCUGCUUGUGCCACACGGAAAUGGAAAGCUACUGUGUUUGGGAAACAGUUACCAUCGAGAACAUCCACAUUCUCUGCGCUUGUGAAGCCAACUGGGUUCCGGGUCAAUGCGUUUUUCUUCAAUCCAAUCCAGGAACCCAUUCUCAAAGAUGCUCUCAAGGAACCUGUUGCCUUUGCGGGAGGGAUAUUUGCUGGCCUUCUAAGACUUGAUUUGAAUGAAGAUCCUCUGAAGGAAUGGGUUGCUAGAACAGUUGAGGCCUCUGGAAUUACAGCAGAAGAAAUCGAGGCCAGUGAUGACCAAGCAGAGGACAUCCCACAACAGAUAGAAAUUGAAUGACCUUCUAUUCUGUCUUUCCCUGUUGACAAUGUUGUAAAAACACAAUAUUUGUCAUAUACCCUAAAACUGUAAGCAAAAAAAACAAAAUCCUAAAUCUUACAUGAACAGUGAACAUACAUUUCUACUGGUGUUGUUACUUUCACCAAGCACUGGAUUCUGUAGAUAAAAGGAAAGAAAAUCUCUUCUAUUCA